ACACAGGCUGAUACAGUGUCGGCUCUUUAAAAUCACAUUACUUUCUUCUCCUCCCACACCCACGACGUAGAACCCUAGUGUAAAUACUGCAGUUCGCCACACCACACUACAGAACCCAAAAGCAUUUACAUAGUACAUACUCAUCAAGACCACACCGAUAGCUCUGCACUUGCAGUCAAGAUUACUCUAGAUUAAAGAAGUCCUAAGCUGUCAUUUCGCAUUCGAUUGCCUUCACCUCAUUGCGUUCAGAGUAUACUGCAGCGGUUUGGACCCCUCCUCGGUUUCUCAGCAUCGCCUCUGCAGGGCUCAAGGUAGGGCUUUUUCUUCGAACUCCAUGCAUGCCAAUGCAGUGGCAGCAUUUUGAUUUUUAAUCUUUUGCGCUUGUGUUAACUUUAAAAUGUAAAGAGUGCGUGUGUGCGUGUGUGAUGCGGUUCAGUCCCAGACUGGGAUGCUGUGAUGUUGCUGUGCUGAUUAAUGUCGUGUCGCCUGCUGUGUUUGGCUCACACACAGAGCACCAUGUCGCUGUAUCCGUCUCAGAUUAAGGCGUUCAAGAGCAGCGAGCCCAAAACCCUUGGGGCAGUUGAGAUCAUCAUUGGCUUGCUGACGCUCACUCUGAGCACGAUUGUGUAUAAACUGCACUAUCACAUCCAGCGGGAGGUCAUCAUUCUCAUCCUGAAUGGUGCUCAACUCAUUAUCACUGGAAUUGUCUUGGUGCAUACUGGUAGGAGACCCACUAAAUGUCUGGUGGGUACAACCAUUGUCUUGCAGUUGCUAACCGCAGCAUUUGAUAUUGUCGGAUUUGGUCUCAUAGCCCGACAUGUACCCUUUCGUGGGGAAUCGUACUACUACAGAGACACUGAGUGGUGUUGUGACCCACGCCAUUCAUUGUGGGCUUGCUGUGGCGAAGGAGAUAAAAAGGGACAGAAGGAGUUCCUGGUGAAUGGCAUUUUGGGCACCUUGAUUGGCUCUUUGGUAUUAGUGUGUAUUAUCGGUUUGGUUGUGGCACUUUUCGGAGUGUAUGCCCUAUCUGUUAGUGCUAUUAAGGAGUUGACACCUAUUCCCAACUCUAAUGCAAAAUCACAGUAUGGUUCUGGAGAACUGGCCAGGACUAAUGUGCGUAAUGGGAACUAACAGAAUAAAAUCUCUCACAAGAUAAGGUCAACGAUUUUAGCACAGAUUCAUACCAAUCAAAAGAAACAACUGGUUCACCUCUAAAUCUCACACAAUUAAAAAAAACUUUCAUGACAAUGUAAAUAAUUUAUAAAAUUGUUAGCUCCUGUUAUUUGGCUGUUUUCACCCUCUGCAAUGAAUUUUGAUGGCUACACAGUUGCUAGGACAUUAUUCAUAUCCCACUAAUAAACAGGUUUGUUUGCAUGAAAAUGCUUAUGUAGUCAGUAAUCAGCAGGCCAUAGAUGUGAAUGCAGUGAGACUGUUUAGAAAUGUAGGUAGCAGUUCUUUUUAAUAUGCUUACUAAUGUCCAAAUUAGACAGCUUGUCCACAAAAAUCCAUGUUUGUACUGGACUUCAACUGCUUUAAAAAUAAAGAAAGAAAUAUGAGUGAAGAUAUAUAGUAUAGUGUAGUAUUAAUGCAAGUCUGUGCUGGGGUGCAGUAGAACAUCAUAUGCAUGAAACAUCAGUCAAACUAUAAGGCUAGCAAAGAGGUAAUAUACUGAAAAAUAUUUAUUAAGCUUUUCCUAAAAAAGAACUGGGUCCUAAAUAAUUUAUCCAAGAAAUUAAUCUGGCAAACUCAAAAAAAAAAAAAAAAAAAACAUUAACAUUUCACACUAACAAUAUGUAAUCAAUGUUAGUAAUGUGAAUGUAUUUGUAAGAACAUUUGCAUUUCAUAUUUUUUAGCCACCCAAAGUUGACAGACUUUACAAAAGAGCAAAAGCUUGAUGAAUAUUGUCCAGUGUAUACACAAAAGUGAGGAUGUUUCUAUUAAGAGAGAAUUGUGACAAGAUCAUCUACUGUAAGUGUUAACAAAUGACUGGCAUAGCUUGGCUUCUUUUUGACAUCCUGUUUUAUAUUUACUGAUACUUCAGGAAAGCUAUGAUGACUGCCAACUCUGUAAGUGCCACCACUUGUGACCAAAAUUAAUGGACACUAACAACAAAAAAGUAAGAGGUUGAAGCCUCAUUCAAGGGCUCAACCGGUGUAAUCUCCUCUUGUGGAAGCAUGUUAUCAGUUCAUGGUACUGUUUGUGUCAGUGUGUCAUUGCCUUUACAACAGCAUGUCAGAUUUACAUUGUGCUUGUAUUCUUCAACUUCUUUAUAUGUAGGAAUUGAAAAUCAUAGACAGUUCUAUGCGUGUUUAUGGAUGAUUGAUGUUUAAAAUAAACAUGAUUUGCUAGACAAACAGCAAUGGAAUAUUUUCUGCAUUAAUAAAAAAAAUCAAAUAAAUUAAAUUGUGUUAAAGUAAAUUGUCACACCGACAAAGUAAAGUAAAUAUUCGGUAUACAUAAAAACGUAUUAUGGUAAUUUAUUGUUUUAUUUAAAAAGCUAGCAUGGUCUUAAUGUAAAAUACUUCAUGAUUAUUUUUAAAAAGGUGCAUUAUCCUGCUCUGAUUUUACACUGAAUCUAUGCUAUGUUGUAGUCACAGUGAGUGUGCUGGCUUAAUGAUACAUAUUCACAAUCAUUAAAUGAAUGGUUCAGGUUGAAUAAUUGUUGAAAGACAAGUUGAAAAAUAAUCUGGUAAACUGGUAGCCAGAUCAGCAACAAUACAAAAAUGAGGAAGCAAAAUUUUGUUGCCAAAUACAGUUUACAGUAAGUUACGGUAUAAAUUUGUGAGAUAUAAUGCAUAAAUUAUUCAUUGAUGCAUCAUUAAUUAUUUUUAGCUAAAGAUUUUAAUAAAGAAUGCAGUAUGAUGACAAACUCUUUAAUGUCUUCCCCUGCUUUAUUUAUAUUCUCAAACUGAAACCAUCUCCAAUUCAUUAUAUAGUACACGAUUCUCAGGGUUUGCCAUUUUUUAGUGGUAGCAGGAAAAAAAUAUGGUGCUUCUCAUUUCUUAAAAUGUGCCUUCUUUUUCCUUUCCUUGCUUUUCUUUAUUGAUGCUUAGAACCUCCUUCUGAGAUAUCGCAAAUGAUUCAAGUAAAGGAAACACGGAGGCUCAG